AUGACAACUGGCGACAAAGACCCAGCUGUUAAGCUGGCCAAUGAUUUCAAGAAACGAGGUUCUUUUGAUGAGGAAAAGAGUCGUAUACUCUCUGGACCUGUCGAUUGCGCCGAGCAAACCACUUUGGAAGAGUAUGUGCGCAAUAGGGCCGCAUCCUUGGCCAAUGACAUGGUAAAAGAAGACGAGUCAUUGAUCUUCAAAAAUAGAGGCUCUACAAGUGCUUUGAUCGAAGGGCAACUGGUGAAAAACGGAUUCGAAAAACUGAAUACCGAUAAUCUACAGAUCGACGCGUAUCUGCGAAAAAUUCUCGAGGAUCCUGCCUUCAAAGAUAGUCUUAAGGCCCGCUUGCGAGCUAACAUGGAAAAGAGUUCGGACGAAAACGGGGAUGUCCCUAUGUAG